AUGACUUUCGCCGCACCAAUCGCCUCAACACUCUUCUCUCGACUCGUCCGCCCCUUCUCUGUCAGCGCCCCAAUCCUGUCUCUCACCCCUGAACAAUCGCGCAAAAUGUCUACCACCGAACAAGCCACCGUCGGAGCCGGCUGCUUCUGGGGUGUCGAGCACCUGUACCGCAAGCACUUCGGCAACGGCAAGGGUUUGCUGGAUGCGCAGGUCGGAUACUGCGGCGGAAAGACUUCAGACCCCUCAUACAAGGCCGUCUGUACCGGCUCUACUGGCCAUGCCGAAGCCCUGAAGAUCAGUUAUGAUUCUUCUAUCGUCUCUUACCGUCAGCUCAUCGAAUUCUUCUACCGCAUGCACGAUGCUUCCACUCCCAACCGACAGGGUCCUGAUGUUGGUACCCAGUACCGCAGCGCUAUCUUCACACACAGUCCGGAGCAGCAGAAGAUCGCAGAGGAGAUCACCAAGAAGGUCAGCGAGGAGUGGUAUAAGAAGCCUGUUUCGACUGAGGUCGUUCCUGCGGGUCAGUGGUGGAGUGCCGAGGAUUAUCACCAGCUGUAUUUGCACAAGAACCCGGCUGGUUAUGAGUGCCCUGCACACUUCGUGCGCGAUUUCCCUCCUCUUUCUGAAUGA